AUGGCGACGGGGGCCGGCGAGGCGGCGCGGAGCCAGGCCUCCCUGCGGCGCCGGCUGCAGAGCUCGCAGGAGGCGCAGCACCGGCAAGCGGUGCUGGUGCGGAAGCUGCAGGCGAAGGUCCUGCAGUACCGGACUUGGUGUCGAGAGUUGGAGCAGCAGCUGGAAGCAGGAGGGGGAUCCCUUCCAGGCAGGUGGGAAGCCACAGAAGACCACAGCCUGGAGAAAGCACUGCUUCAGUUGGAAGAGGAGCAGCAAAGGUGCGAGAAUCUGGCAGAAGUGAACACUCUCCUGCGGGAGCACCUCGAUAAAGCGAAUGAGGUUAAUUCAGCCCUCAAAGAAGAUGUUGGAAAACUGACGGCAGAUUGGAUGAGGGCCCGGGAGGAGCUGGAAUUGAAGGAGAGUGAAUGGCGCGGUGAACGUGAGCUUUAUGACAGCUGCUUAAGGGGUGAACACAGCCGUCUGCUCAGCCUGUGGCGUCAGGUGGUAACCUUCCGCCGUCAUUUCCUGGAAAUGAAGACCGCCACUGACCGAGAUUUGUCAGAGCUGAAGGCGGAGCAACUGAGGCUUUCUGGAUCUAUACUUGUAAGCUGCUCCCGCCUGAACUCUGGCGUACGGCUCUGGGAGUCCGUCAGUCUGGGUAGACCUGUCCUGAAGGAUGAGGCACAGCAGGAAGCGGAAGAGGAAAUAAGCCAGAAGACUUGGGAAGCGAUGCACUUACAAGUCAAGGGGGACCUGGAGAAGAAGGAGCUUCAGGAGAGGGUGAUGGAGCUCUCAGCCUUGCUUGUACAGUCUCAGAAGCAGAAUGAGGAGAAGGAGAAGGCCAUGAAAACACUUAACGACACUGUGGAGAUCCUAGAAGCAAGUCGGUUAGAGAAAGAAUAUGAAGCUUCAUGGACUAAAAGUGCCAAAGAAGAGAAUCUUUCCCUCCAAAAGCUGAUAAAAGAUAUAACUGAGGUGGUGCUAGAUGACAGUGACAGCACAGUCAGCAUUAUCUGCACUGACAGUUCCCAGCAUGCAGUGUCUAGCAACAUCCUCUCUUGUCUGAGCUCCGUUGAUGCAGAGCAUGCCUUUGUAUUGGUUCAGGAAGCACUGGCAAGGAGGCGAGGAGCAACACAGGCCCUAAAAGAAGAGCUUUCUGCCAGGCAGGACACUAUCAAUUUUCUGCUGCACCAGCACAGACAGCAGGAAGAGAAGUGCAGGAAGCUGCAGCAAAGGCUUGAGCAAGUGGAGGAGGAAUGCAAGACGUCCAGCAGCCACCGGCAGCACCUCCAGUCUCUGGUAGAAGCACUCAGAAGUGACUGUGCAAACCUCGAGAAAACCAGGGAAGAGCUACAGCAACAGCUUGAAGUAACAGAGCAAGAAGCCUCGCGUCUGCGUCAAAGUAACACUGAACUGCAGCUGAAGGAAGAUUCAGCCCAGGGGGAAAAGGUGGAGCAGCAACAGACGAUGGAGAGAGUGCGUCGUGACCAGGAGCUCCUGCUGAAGGACUUAGCUGCACUUGAAGGAAAACAUUCAUUAUUACAGAGUGAGUUGGUAGACGCAAGAGAGAGACUGGAGGAAUCGCACCUUCAGAGGGAUCUGCUGAAGCAAGAGAAACAUCAGCUUACCAUGGCACUGGAAAAGGCAGAGCAGGCAGUAGCAGAGUUGACAGGGGCUCAGAAUAAGCUGAGUGCUGAAGCAGCUGAUCUACGUGUUGCAACAGCGAAGAUGAGCAGUAUGAAUGAAGCCCUUGCACUGGAUAAAGUGCAGCUGAGCAAACUUGUGCUGCAGCUGGAGCAAGAGAAUGAAGCUCUGUCAGGCAAAGUGGACGAGGUGGAGAGAGCAAAGAUCUCUGAGCAGGAGAAGCUGACCUUGUGUGAACGAACAAAUGAAGAGCUCAGCGCAGAGAAAGCCCACCUGGAGCAGCUGCUGAAGAAGGCAGAGGAGCACCAGGAGGGGCUGCAGGUAGAGCUGAGGAGACUGGCAGAGGAGAAGGCAGAAACCCAAGAGAAGCUCAGUCAGGUUUACCGCCAGCAAGAGUCGGCUAGCAGUGGUCUGGAGCAGCUGCGCCAGGAGUCCUCUCGCCAAGGGCAUGCGCUGGCCAAGGUGUGCAAGGAGAAGGAAUUGCUGGUGCACGAGAAGGCUGCCCUAGAGGUGCGACUGGCAGCCGUGGAGCGGGACAGACAAGGCCUUUCAGAGCAGCUGGCAGAGGCCAGGUCGGCGAAGGAGACCCUGGAAUCCAGCCUGUUUGAGGCUCAGCAGCGCUUAUCUCAGCUGGAGAUCGCCAGGAGUCAGCUUGAAGUCCAACUUCACACCAUCACGCAGGCCAAGGAGGUGAUCCAAGGGGAAGUGAAGUGCCUUCAAUGUGAGCUGGAAGCGGAGAGGACUCUGAUGAGGCAGGAACGGGAAAACAUGGCAGAACGGCUCUUGCAGACCGAACAGCAGUAUGACAACACCCUCAGACUCCGGCAAGCUGAGCAUGAAGUGGAAAUAAACAAGCUCCUGCAAGACCUGGCAAGCGAGCGGGAAGGGCACCAUUCAGAGGUCCAGGAGAUGCUGGAGCAAUGGGAAAAGGAGAAGGCAGAGACAGAAAGGGAGCACGAGAAGAAGCUGUUUGAUGUGAAGCAGGAAUUUGCUACCGUGCAGGCUCAACAAGAAGAGGAACGAACCAGAGUCGAAAAUGCCAAGCAAGAGGUCCUGCUAGAAAAGGAGCGUGAGAAGGAUGCUUUAUUAGAGACGCUGCUCCAAACUCAGGGAGAGCUGAGAGAAGCCUGCCAGCAGCUCCAGCAGCUGAGGCAGGAGGUGGAAGAGCAGCGAGAGAACAGGCAGAACAUCACGGCAGAGCUGCAAGCAGAGCUGCAGGAAACUCAGAGCAAGAUCGAGGCAGUGGAGAAGAGGCACAAGGGAGAAAUCCAAACCGUCAAAGAGGAAAUGAAUAUCCUCCUUCAGCAGCGGGAUGCUCUACAAAACCAGGUGGAAGAGUUGACAUCUCAGCUAGCAGCCUCUGAAGAGUCCCAGCAAGUGGUUGGCCGCAAAGCUCAGCAAGAUCUGAGUGAGGCACAGGAACUGUCAAGGCAGAAGGCGCUGGAGAUUAUGCACCUCCAGAAGAUCCUGGAGGCGAAGACGAGUCAAUGGGAGGAGGCAGAACGUCAGAACAAGGAGCUGCAAGUGUGUCUGCAGUCCUUGGAGGGGGAAAGGAGUCGAUGGGAAGAAGUGGAGCGUCACAACACAGAAUUUCAGGCUUCGUUGAAGGUCCUAGAGAGUGAAAAAGCCAGGCUGACUCUGUCUCUGGAAGAGAAGGAACUGAGCUUCAGAACCCUAGAAGAAAACAACCUUGCCCAGCACAACGAGGUGUCUCAGCUUCUUUCUGCUAUUCACCAGGCCCAGCAGCUCCACUCAGACCACAGAAGAGAAAUACAAGAGCUCAACAACCAGAUACAGUCACUGCAGGAAAUAGUGCUGGAGAAGGAGGCUGGCCUGGCAACUCGAGAGAAGCAGCUGCUACAGGAUCUGGAGGAGUCCCGAGCAGGCGAACGGUGCUUGAGGGACUCUUUGCGCACGCUGGAGGCUGAGAUGUCUGAACUGCGUUUGGAGCUGUGUAGCACAGAGAACAGAGCAAAGGCAUUGGCCACAGAGUGUCAGCAGGCUAACAGCGCCCACUGUGAAGCCCGAUCCCAGCUGGACAAACUGCACUUGGUUCUCCACCACCUGAUUUGUGACAGCAGAGACUUAGUCACCUGGAGCUCAGAACAGGGUCAUGUCUGGGGCCUAACUGUUUCUCAGGCCAGGGACCUCCCUGCAGAGCUCACAGUGGACAGAGUGGCAGCAGCCCUACAAGACCUGCGUCAGCACUUGAAGCAGACUCAGCAAGAUCUGAAUGAUGCGAGGAAGAAGAUACAGGACUUGGAGCUGGAGCUGAGCAAGAGGCAAGCUGAGAGGGACCACUUCAGCGCCCACAAUCAAGAGCUGCGGAAACAGUUGGCUCAAAGCCAGGAAGAGACACAGAUGGCAGAAUGCAAGCACUCCUCUCUACAAGCUGCCUUGCAGGAAGAGGCCACUGCUCUGAAGGAGGAGGCUAUGGCUCUACAUCAAGAGGUGGCGUCUUUGGAAAGGAGACUCGAGAGCACUGAGAAGCAAAGAAAGGAUGUCCUGCAGGAACGGGACAGGCUGCAAGCACUUAAAGAAGAACUGGUAUGGGAGAUAAAACUUCUUCAGGAGUCGGUCACAGCCUCUGAGACCCGAGCGACUACAGCAACAGAUAGGCAUCACUCCCUUGAACAAGAACUCCACACCACAGUGUCUCUCCUAAAAAUUAAAAAGGAGGAACUGGAAAUGCAGCGGGAGAAAAUCCAGGUGCUCCAGAAAGAGGCAGCACAGGGAAAAGCUUUGCAGGAGAAUCUCACUCAUGUGACUGCCAUCCUGUCAGAGAGGGAGGGAGAAAUGAAGGUGUACCAGGAACAGAUGAGACUGCUGGAAGAGCAGAAAGAAAUGCACAAAACUGCUCUGGAUCAGGUUAUUAAGGACGUAACAGAGAAAAACCAGAAGAUUGAAUCCCAGCAAGAACAGAUACAGGAGCUGGAGAAGCAGCAAGAAGAACAAAGGAUUGCUGCCAGCAAAAUGAGCAAAGACCUGGAAGAGAGAGACCAGGAGAUCAGAUCCCAGCAAGAAGAGAUACGGGAGCUGGAGAAGCAGCGAGAAAUGCAGAGCACUGUGGUGAGCAAGAUGAGCAAAGAGCUGGAGGAGAAGGACCAGGGGAUCAGAUCCCAGCAAGAACUGAUAGCGGAGCUGGAGAAGCAGCGAGAAAUGCAGAGCACUGUGGUGAGCAAGAUGAGCAAAGAGCUGGAGGAGAAGGACCAGGGGAUCAGAUCCCAGCAAGAACUGAUAGCGGAGCUGGAGAAGCAGCGAGAAGUGCAGAGGACUGCUGUCAGCAAGAUGAGCAAGGAGCUGGAGGGGAGAGAGCAGGAGAUCAAAUUCCAGCAAGAACAGAUACAGGACCUGGAGAAGCAGCGAGAAAUGCAGAUGACUGCUGUCAGCAAGAUGAGCAAGGAGCUGGAGGAGAAGGACCAGGAGAUCAGAUCCCAGCAAGAACUGAUAGCGGAGCUGGAGAAGCAGCGAGAAGAACAAAGGAUUGCUGUCAGCAAGAUGAGCAAGGAGCUGGAGGAGAAGGACCAGGGGAUCAGAUCCCAGCAAGAACUGAUAGCGGAGCUGGAGAAGCAGCGAGAAAUGCAGAGGACUGCUGUCAGCAAGAUGAGCAAGGAGCUGGAGGAGAGAGAGCAGGAGAUCAAAUUCCAGGAGGGGAAAAUAAUGAUUCUAGAACAACACGGUGCAUCCCAAGUGAGAAAUCUGCAGGUGGAUCUUGAUCAUAUGAAAGGAAACUUGAAGGAGAAAAACUUGGAGCUUAUGUCUCUGACUCAGCAGAUCCAAGACCUGGAAAUGGAGAGGGAACAGGUGAAAUCUCUGCACGCAAGCCUUGAACACCUGAGGGCAGCUCUUAAGGACAGAGAGAGUGAGUGUGAGUCUCAAAGGGAUCAGUUAAGCCUCUUGCAGCAGUACAAGGAAGAGCAAGAGGGCUACCUGCAAGAGCUUCAUGGUAAAGUAGAAAAGAUGACACUUGCUUUAUCUAAAAAAGAUCAAGAGCUUGAGUCCCAACAAAAGCAAAUCCAGGAAGCUGAAGAAGUCACGGCAAUGCAGUUAAGGACUGUCCGGCACCAACUGGAGCAGACCUUCGAAGCCUUGAAAGAAAAGGACAGGCUCCUGGACGUCCAAAAGCAACAAACACGGAGCUAUGAGGAAAAAACAGAAGAACGGAUGAGCGUCUUACACAGAGACUUAGAAUACACUACGGCAAUACUGAAAGAAAAGGAUUUCAUGAUUGAAUCUCAGAAGGAACUGAUUGAGACCUUCCAAAAACAAGAACAAGACUCUCAACAGCAGAAGGAAAUCCUGCAACGUCUUGAAGUGGCACUAAAGGAAAAAGAGCAAGAAAUUGUAUCCCUUAGAAAGCAAUGUGAGGCAUGCAAGGAACAGGAGGAAAAGCACGAAGCUGAGCAAACAAAUCUUCAAGCAACAAAACUGACUCUGAAAGAAAGAGAAAAAACGAUCGGGGUUCUGGAGGAGGCUAUCUCUAAGCUUCAACAGCAAAAGGAGGAGGCAGCGAUGCAGACUAAAGCCAUACUGCAGAAACUAGAACACGCUGCAUCUUCUCUAGAAGCUAGAGAUCAAGAGAUCGUGUCUUUGCAAGAGCAUGUCCAGGACCUUCGAGAGCAGAAGGAGUUAGAAGGCAAGCAGGCCAAGAGUCUAGAGCAGGAUCUGGACAAAAUGAGCCAAGUCCUGAAGGAGAACCAUUUGGAGUUCCUCAGGCAGACAGAGCAAAUGAACAUGUUCCGGCUUCGUGAAGAAAGCAUGAAAGUAGCACUAACCUCAUGCCAGAAGCAAGUGAAUCUGCUUGAGGAAGUGGUGAGGAAGAGAGAGGAAGACAAUGAAACUCUUAUGCAGCAACUCCAGCGCCAAGAAGAACUGAAGACCUUGCAGAAUCUCCAGCUCAGGCUAACCAAGAAGAAUGAAGAGGUUAGACAUCAGAGAGAGCAAGAGAAGCUCCUAGAAGCAGCCUUGCACGAGAGGGAACAAGAGACCAAGGCUCAAGGUGAGCAAGAAGAGUUAGACGAGGAAAGAAGAGCUCUUCGGGAAGAUCUCCGGCACGUUCAGCAGACGCUGACAAAGAAGGAUGAAGAGAUCAAGUACCAGAGAGACAGAGUCGGGUAUUUAGAGAAGACUCUGGCAGGGAGAGAACAAGAGCUUAGGAGGCAGAGUGAACUCCUGAAACAAAUAACAUCGGCUUUGCGAUGGAAGGAUGGAGGGGAGACCCUACAGAAACAAAUCCAGAAACUCCGAAAAUGGGAGGAAGAGGAAGCAGAGAAGAGGAGAGUUCUCCAGGAGAGAGACCGUCUCUUGCAAAGGCAGAAGGAGCUAACCCAACAACUGGAAGAUGAGCGGAAGGCAAAGGGGGAAGAAUUGGAGCGUGCGAUUGCUAUUUUGAAGCAGACUGAAAGCGGGGAAAUGGAAUGGAAAGAGAAGGCACAAGCACUGACUCUCGCCCUUACCAAGAGUGAAAUGGCCAAUGGCACGUUGAGGGAAGAAGUAGCCGUCCUGCAGAGUAUGGUUUCAGAGAGGGACACGGACCGGUUUCAUCAUCAGCAGGCUACUGCAGAAGGGGAGCAGCUCUCGUGGCUCUCGGAGAAGAGACUCCUGUCGCAGCGGCUGGAACAUCUGCAGCGAGCAGUUGCAAGGCUGGAACUUGAGAAGACUGAGCUGAAGCAACUCAAUGCUGAGCUCAGGAGGACUCUUGAGCAGGUGGAACGUGAACGGAGGAGACUGAAGAGAUACUGUAGUGGUCGGUCGCUGCCAGAUGCGUGCGGAUUUUCUCUCUCCGACCAGCACAAGGUGCCUGCUUCUCGACAGGAGUCGUCUCACACGCGCUGCAGUCGUCGAUUAGCUGAGUUGCAGAACCAGGUGUCCCUUCUGCAGACGCAGCUGGCGCAAGAACGCAAAUGCAAGCAGGACUACAUUGAGUGCUGUGCAAAGACCAGCCAGGAGCUGUCAGACCUUCACCGAGAGCUGUCUUGCUCCUUAGCAGCUGUGGUCAGGGAGCCCGAAGCUGCUGUUCUGGAGGCAGAGACCCAGAAGCUGGAUCGGUCUCUGAGCCUUAACUUGGCAGUAAUAUCUCUGGACAGUCAGUCUCCUGAGAAACAGCCGUUGCAUUCAACAGCCAGAUCCGCCAGAAGCGAUGACCUGAGUCUAAACAGGACCUCUGAUCUUCUCUGUCUUAAUGGAAGGAUUUCUGCCAAGCCAAAGAAUCAAGGCUCAUGGAUGUGAGAAAUGGGAUGAACUCCUCUGGGCAAGGCUGCCUUUUACAUAUAUUCCUCUCACAUUCAGCUGGUGCUGUCAAACCUCACCUUAUGAUGAGUGUUAGAACCUAUAAAGCAUUAUUUCAGGCAGAUGAUUUCUGGGGACAAAAUAGGAGUGUGUGAGGACAAAAACACAGGCAAGGAAAGAGAACUGUGUAUGGAAAAGGAAGCCCAAACAAGAAAUGAAUAAUCCCUGAAAAAUGAGACUUUUUCUGGGACACAUCUAUCCUAGGGCAGCUACUCAAACAAGAUAAAAGGACAUAAAGAUUGAGCUACACACAAUUAAAGCUAACAUAACUAAAGAGAAAUGAAAUUGCACCUUAUGCAGUGCUGGUUCUGUUUUGCAUGUCUGUUAGCCCUGUGUCUCCUCUUAGUUCUUAUUCUUCUACCCAGGAGAGAGGUUACAGCUUUGAAGACGUUAACACCAAGCACACGACAAAAGUUCAGAAGCUCAGAUCAGGAUUACAUUUACGGUCAGAUUUACAAAGUGCGUCUGAAUAGGACGCUUCGCACUGUCACAAAGAUGCCUGUGCAGAUUCCCUAGCUGGAGAUCUAUUAAACAACAGUAACCCUGAGGAUAAGGAGAGAGUAACAGCACAAGAAACUGAAAAGCUGGUGUGCUAGCUUCAGUAUUUGAAUAGCACCAAAAAAAGAAAAGUAUGGACUCUCACGUCUAACCAUCAGUUGUACAAACGUGGUAUAGCUACUCCAACAUGAGGCAAGGAGAGUUGUGCAAUGGAACAAACUUUCCACAGUACUGACAUUCUUGUUCACCCACCCUAUUCCCUACUGAUUCAAAUUGGUAGGGAAUAGAAGGCAGGAGCAAAAAUACUGUCAGUCAUCACAGUUUUGUGCCAAAGAGGUCCAGUAAAAUUAUUAUUUUUA